UGGGUGGAUAUAUGAGGCGGCAAAGGGAAGGAAGAGAAGCUCCCCUUUUUUUCACGCUUGUUUUAUUAGCUUGGACUGCUUAUGUAAUCUAGAUUUUUUUUUUUUAUAUAACAAAUGCCUUGAAAAUGUAUGUCACAGGAGCACCACUGGCAUUCAUUAGUCGCUGAUGCACACUCUGGCUCGGACACAGAGGCGUGCACACUCUCACUCUGUUGCUCCGGCGACAGAUCUGACGAUGCUCUGGCGAUGCUGAGUCUGACUGAGGAGGAUGCAGUUCUGCAGGAAGGUGCUCUGCAAGCCCUGUAGUGCCCGAGUCACUUCACCAGAGGAGGACAUGGAAUACAAGAUGGGGAGCUGCAUAGGAAUCUCGCAUCGACAGGCCAACGCUGAAGCGGAGGGUUUAACCAGGAGAGACGACAGAGCGCCGCUGACCAGAGUCUCGACCAGCCAGCAGAGUCUGCUCUCUCCACCAGUGCUCCCAGAGGUCCCAGUGAUCACCGGAGUGGAGGAGAGUCUGGGAGCAGAACAGGAGGACAAGGAGGAGCUUGAGUUUCCUCACGACCUGCUGCCCAGUCUAGACUUCGGCUCCGAGUUCAACAUCUGGGAGUCCACGCUGGGAGCUCCCUGUAGCUCAGGUGGGAGAAAAAGUGAGCAGGUGGACCCCCUGGUGGCCGGCCUGCAGCAUCACAAGGAAGUCAGUGGACCAGAGUUUGUUCUAGGAACGAGGCCUCAUGAUGACAGCGGCCCAGUUCUCACAGACACCCAGCCGUCACCUUGGCCCUCUGCCACACCCCCCGACCCGGAUGUCAGACCCCUGACCUCGCCCAAAUCUUUGCUCCUAGACCGGGAACUCCAAGAGGCGUUCCAGGAAUGUGAGGAGCAAAUGGCCUCGCUGGGAAGAGGCAGCCGCACAGAGCGCUCGGCGUCUGAGACGGUUUGUGUUGAGGGGAAAAAGAAAACUGGAGAAGGGAUGGUUAACAAGUCCGGUGAGUCAUCAAAGCUGCCUCCAAUAGUCGUAGUCCAGCCGGGACAUAGCAACAAGGGCCAUGGCAACAGGAGCACAAACGGAAACAGUGAGGCAGCAAGCAACAAGCACAAGGACACUGUUGUGUUUAGUUUCAGGAAUUAUAUUCUGGGAACCGAGGACAGUGUCGGGUCAGCUGAGACGGAGAGGGAGAUAAAAGCAACACAGAGCCUUGAUACAUGUUCGGGGACUAAGACAGAAAAAGAAACAGAGCAGAAGGAGACACCUACGCAAACACAGAAAUCAGCAACAGAUUCAGCUAAAGGGAACCAGAAGGAGGUUUUGUUUCCUUAUCAGAGAGACGAUUUAAAAGGGAAACAUGUUGAUUCAAAGGCAGCCGUUAAGGAAGAUACGGAGAAAGGCACAGAGGCAAAAACAGAAACAGCAGACAAUCAUAGUGAUGAGGUUCAUAAAGAGGAAACCGGAAAGGAUGUUGAUUCAGUUAUGGAAACAUUAGAGUGCAGUAACCUUAGUUUGAAAGAUAAAGAUGCAUUAGUGGAGGUGCAGGCAGGAGGAGAAGCUCAAACUCAGGAGGGUCAGAAGUCAAAAGCAGACAAAUGGCAGAAUCCUCCGCAGGCCGAGCAGGACAAGAAGGCAAAGAAGAAAGACAAAAAGAAGCAAAGGAAAAAGAAAAAGAGCGAGAACACAGAAGUGCAGCCUGAAAAUGAAAAGGACAAAUCAGAGGCGAGGGGAGACAUCGAGGCGGCGCUUUGUGGGCAGCAACAGCCUGAUAAUGGAUUUGACUACGAGCAACAGCUGAGUCCUGAGGGAGAACACGCCUCCAGCCCCCCUCUUUCAUCCUCUCAGAGCGGCCGACUCUUCCUCAGAGGCCUCAUCAGUCAGAUAACCACAAACAUACAGAAACCUCAUGUGGCAUGA